UCGGACUUAUAAUGUCGCAGCAACCUGUUGCCUUCCUCACUCGUCGCGAAACUUUCAGCGCCUGUCACCGUCUCCAUAGUCCCCAAUUGAGCGAUGCCGAGAACCUGGAAGUCUUUGGAAAAUGCAACAAUUUCCAUGGCCACGGACACAACUAUACAGUCGAGAUUACCGUUCGUGGUCCCAUCGAUCGGCGAACUGGAAUGGUGCUCAACAUCUCGGAGCUGAAAGAGGCUAUUGAGACGGUGAUAAUGAAGCGUCUGGAUCACAAGAAUCUUGACAAGGAUGUGGAAUAUUUUGCCGAUACACCCAGUACCACAGAGAAUUUGGCCGUUUACAUUUGGGACAACAUCCGUCUGCAGCUGAAGAAACCCGAACUGCUGUACGAGGUGAAAAUCCAUGAGACACCAAAGAAUAUUAUCAGCUACCGCGGUCCGUAUCCGCUCAAUGGAAUCUAUAAUCCCAUCAACAAACGCAUCGCUCACGAUUCCUGUACCAAUAUAUCAUCGGAUUCGGAUUAAAGCGACCUCAUAUACAUUCGAACCAUGUGACAUUGCCUAACGAAUUUUAUUGGACCAAUGCUCAGCGAACACUUAUAGAAAAAGACACUUACCAUGUAAGGGAAUGAAAAGUUAUACGAAUUACAAAGUAUGUAGAAGUAAUCUAUGUUUAUGCAACAUACUAAUGAAUAAAUACGAAAGCAAAUCAAA